GCGUCGAAGACGUACAAGCGGGGGAAUUCGGCGGUUGUAUAUCAUAUUUCAUAUUUCAUUAGCUUCCCUCGAACACAUUGAGUUGAAUUGAGAGCCAUCUAGGAUGCUCAGUAUACUAGGGUUUAUGCUUCUUUUGCAUGCUGCUUAUUCAUCCUACGAACACCAUCAACUUCUAAAGGGUGUAACAGUCAUACCUCGUGACAUAAUAUAUGAGAUGUUGCUGGGACUCGUUCUCUUGAACUUUGGAACGAUACAGAGUUUGAAAAAUUCAGACCGUCUCGCGGUCAUCAGCGCUCAGAUAAUUUCACCGCCGAACAAGUACUUGGGACCCAUUAGUAUCUCGGAAGCCGUGCUGACCAACAAUAGCUUGGAAAUAUCAGCGUAUGAAAUUCUUGAAUCUCGCGUGGAAUUGAUGGAUAUACGUCGCUCAAGAGAAGACUAUUUGAACUGGGUUCGAUUCCAAAAAUGAACUUCUCAGGAAUGUUGCUCUGUAUCAAAUGUGCUGUGAGGGGUGAACAACCUGACCAUUCAUUUUUGAAUCGAGUGACACAAAAAAAAGACCUACAGAAGCACAUAUCUU